UAUGGAUUAAACAAAUCUAAAUUGGUAAUGGUUAAAUGAACCUAAAGAAUGGAAAAUUUAAGAUGAUCGUCUCAUUUUAGUCACUUAACCAUUUACAGAUUAUUGGUCUUAAACUCAUUAUGGAUUUAUUAAAUAUGAUGCUCCUACUUAUGUUACUAAGGUAAAAGGUGAUUUUAUAUUCACCUGUAAAGUUAAUUAUCAUACCAAAGUUUUAUAUGAUUAAGCAGGAAUCAUUCUUUUUGAAGAUAAAGAAAAUUGGAUUAAAGCAUCUUCUGAAUUUCAUGAUCAAAAUUAUUCAACUUUAGGAUCAGUCGUAACAAAUCUUGGUUAUUCUGAUUGGGGUUAUUAAAAUGUUUCAUCUUAAUAUAAAGAGUUUUAUUAUAGAUUAAAAAGAAAAGGAUAAGAUUUCAAUAUAGAAUUUUCAUAUGAUGGAAAAGAAUUCCAUGAAAUACGAGUUUGUCAUUUACACAAAGAAAUUCAUGAAACUUCUGUUGGAAUCUAUGCUUGUAGUCCAUAAGAUUCUAGUUUUUAGGCAGAAUUCAGUCAAAUCAAAUUAGAAUUGAUUUAGUGAAUAAUUAUAUGAUAUAUACAUUUCUGGAAC